CUGCGUCACGAAUGGCGCGAAGAUGACGGUCCAGUUGAUAAGUUAAUUUAAAAAAAUAGAAAUAAUUAAAUGUCAAGCCAAUGAAAUGACAGCGUCGACAUUCAAUUUAAAUGGACAGAGUCCGCUCUAUUCCAGCUGACAAUCUGACGCAGGCGUACAUACAUAUACAUAUGUAUAAACACGAGAUUACACACUCGUGGUGUGACUACUUGAUCGACAAGUGGAACUGGUAGUAGAGACACCAGAUCCACCAGACAAGACGCGCCAGAUCAAAUCAUCCAAACGCCAGAAAAAUGGCAGACUGCGAGAAGGAGGAGGCGCACAAUCUCCAAAUGGAGUUCGAGUGGGUGCUUCACGAGGAAGUGCACAACUCGUUGUCGCAGCUCAGAAAUAUUUUGAUGGAGUGCGCUCAGCGAUUCCCAUUGGCACUCUUUGGCAACGAUCAGCAUAACAAAACUGACAGAUUCGUCUUCGCAGCCCCACACGAUCAAGUGAAAUGUGUCGCCGUUUUGACAGGCGACAGUAUUACAAAUGCGGAAGUGAAUUUUAAAGUACAACGACAACAGAAUAUCAAUAUGAGAACGAGUAUUCAAAACGAACAUCCCUGGAAAUUGCAACAAAUUCAAGAUGCCGCCAAUCAUUUACAACAGGGUAUCGCUCAUAUAGAUAAUGUAGACAGACAUUACCUGUUUAAAACAUCGGACGAAGUUAUGCAUGUGCUAGGUAAUAUCUUGGGCUGUCUUCAAAGGAGCAGAACCAGUUUAAUUGUUCCUAGAAAGAAGACAAUUGAUGAUCUUAUCAAGAGUCGAAAUAUGAAAUCUCUGAAUCCAAAUCUUCCAGAGAAUUUGGCCAUUAGCUUUUACAUUCAAAGCUACAAACUGGUUUUAGCUAUUUAUCAGUUAGAGAAUGCUCAUGGCAGCGUCAAGUACGAAACCCAGCAGGCGGAAUGCAGUGUGCCAUGGCUAAAUGACGCUCUUGUAUUGCUUACUAUUGCGCUACAACUUUGUCAACGAUUGAAAGAUAAGAUAUGCGUCUUCUCUCAAUACAAAGAUUUUACGGUAGGUUCUCGUGUUCCUUCCGCAAUGGGAUGGUAACCUAACACCAAGAAAAUUUUCGUAUUUAAACGGAAUUUGAUAGCAUAUAAUGGUGUUAUAUGCAAGUGAAAAAAAAUUUGGCCUCAACCAGUAAUGUUUACUCCGGCCUGUGUUUUUACAUCUGUUGAUUGUUGUCCUCUUAUUGUAUUUCUCAUUGCACUAGAAUGUUGUUCUAGCGUUUCUAAAUGAGUAUAGUGUGCGCCUAGUAUAAUAAUAAUAAUAAUAAUAACAACAAUAAUAAUAUAUACGGUGUAUUAUGUAAUAUAUUAACUAUUGAGUUGGAUCAAAGAUUUACAUAAAUAUGUAAAUCAGCAAUGGAUAAUAACAAAUCACUAUAGGCUAGAAAUGGAAGACUAAGAGCAUUUUGCCAAUUAUUGGUGUGCCUAUCACCAUGUUAUACUGUGUUCUUCCCAUUUCUGCAAUAGUUUUCAUGAAUGUCUAAGUCUUUAACUUUGGCAAAUAAUAUUUGAAGUUAUCAUUUUAUCUACAAGAGUUGAUAGAAUGAAAUAUUUAAUACAUUUACUGUGAUUCUAGAAAUGUAUGCUGUAAUCCUCUCCUUACUGAACAUUUGAAUAUGCUUUCAUA